CCCUCUAUUCACCUGCAAACAACCUCAAUAAAAUCCUUUAAAUUUUCUCUGUUAUCAAACACAGAGUUAUGACGAAGGUAUACCCUAACGCCGUUAUUCCCCAGCCUGCCACCGUCACCGCCCCUACCCGUGGUCCCCUUGUCCUCACUAUUUGGAAGAAGUCUCUUCUCUUCAAUUGCCAUGGCUUUACCGUCUUCGAUUCCAAUGGCAAUCUUGUUUAUCGAGUCGAUAACUACGCUGCUGGAACCAAGGCCGAGAUCCUCCUCAUGGACGCCACAGGCCGCUCUCUUCUCACCCUCCGCCGCAAGAGGUUAAGUUUAGUGGACAACUGGACGGUGUACGAUGGAGAAACCGCAGCGAAUCCUAAAUUCACAGUGACAAAACACGUGAAUCUCCUCAACACAAAGUCCAUAGCUCACGUGAACAUAACGGGUUCCAAAACAAAGAAGCCAGUAUACGAGAUCGAAGGCUCAUAUACGCAGAGAUGCUGCGUUGUCUACGAUGAAAAGCGGCGCCACGUAGCUGAAAUCAACCGCAAGGAGGCGGUUGGAGGUGUGAAGUUCGGUGGUGAUGUAUUUCGUUUGGUUGUGCAGCCGGAGAUUGAUCCAACGGUUGCAAUGGCACUAGUCAUCAUCCUAGAUCAGAUGUUCCAAUAACCGUUUAACAAGAUUCGAUUGGGAUUAAUCGGAUCAACUGACAGUGCUUAUGGAUUAUGAUCAUGUCUGAAUUGGUACGAAUCAAAACAAAACUUUUUUAAGGAUUUUGUUUUUGAAAUUUGGUGAAUUGAGGGCUUGGUGCUUUUGGUUUUUAUAUAAAAGAUCAAGCUCAGAUGGAGUAUGUGUGUAUGUAUUAGUGUAUCAGCAUAUAUACCAUCAUCAUUUAUAUAUAAUGAAGUUUGAUGUUGUAGAUAUGAUUUGGUUUA